UCUCUGAUAACAUGUCGCAGCCUGUGGAGCAGGAUGUGAUUCAGCUUAUUAUGGACUGAGCGAACACAAACUGUCACACAAGGGAAACACUGGACAGAGCAGCAGACGGAUACGUGAAUCUGACAGACAACACAGAGAAAGGUCAAGUCCUGGAAAGGGAUCCUCCCAGUAUGAGCCAGUCCUACAGUCCGUCCCUCUUGACCACGCCUACAUACAUCAAUGUCACAAACCCAGAGGAUGACAGUGUGGUCAGCAAUGACGUCACGACCACGUUGGGUGCCCUCAUCCUCGGCUUGGUCUUCCUCCUUGGUGUCCCCGGCAACCUCUUCAUUGUCUGGAGCAUCCUGGCGCGCACCCGGCAGCGAUCGGUCACCACCCUCCUCAUCCUCAACUUGGCAUGCGCUGACGGCAUCCUCAUGGCCCUCACCAUCUUCUUCAUCGUCUACCUGGCCAAGCAGUCGUGGGUGUUCGGUGACGCCAUGUGCAAAGGCGUCUUCUACCUGUGCAACUCUAACAUGUACGCCUCCAUCUUCCUAAUCACGCUGAUGAGCGUGCACAGGAUGGUCGCCGUGGUGUUUCCGAGAAAAGCCAAGUCCCUCGUCACCAAGCAGAUCGUGAGGAGGGCUAUCAUUGGCACGUGGGUGCUGGUGAUGUUGAUCUCCAUCCCCUCGCUGGUGUUUCGAGAUUUGAGAGUGGACUUAGAUGAGAAGCGUAUGAAAAGAUUGGUUUGCGCGCCCAAUCACACCGAGGCUCGACAUGUGAGGUUUCAGUAUACCUUAGAGACUGUGGCGGGAUUUAUUCUUCCAUACUCAGUCAUCAUAACGUGCUACGUCCUCAUCCUGAGGCGCCUGAGACAGACCAAGUUUCAAAGAAAGGUCCGCAGCGAGAACCUCAUCCUGGCUAUCGUGGUGACGUUUGGCCUUUUCUGGCUGCCGUACCACAUUAUAAACAUGCUGCAGGUGGCAGCUGAGUGGUGUAAGAACGGUUCAAAGGCAAAAGAAAAUUUGGACGAAAUCUCCAAAAAUAGCCGCGCAGUGACCUCAUGUCUGGCCUUCAUCAGCAGCUGUGCCAAUCCUGUCCUCUACACCUUCGCUGGGAAGUCCUACAUCAAGCAGAGCGGAUUUGCUUUCAUGGCGCGACUCUUUGAGGGAACGUCAUUGGACCAAACAGGAACCAAAAAGAUUCGGGGACAAAGUAAAGACCUUGCUGAAUCAAGCAGCACAGGAACUCCUCCUUUACGAAACGGAAAAUGAGCUUCCAAUGAGUUUUAUGCAUGAAUAUCAGCACAAGACUACAUGUGGAUUUUGUUUAGAGCAACUUGAGAACUGCUGUGCUUCAAAAAUGUACAGAAGCAAACUCUCUUAGAGGCUGCUGUCAAGUGUUUUUUUUUGUAAAUAGUUUUAGUGAAGUAAAAAGUUUGACUGGGCGUCAGUGAUGAAUGUGCAAGAUUUUUAUUGUAUUUUUUUUUUUAAACCUGACAUGUAUAUUUGAAUUGGCAACUUUUUUUAUACCUUGUGUUUUAUUAUUUUUCCAAGGCUGUUAUGAAAAAAAAAAAAAAACCCAAAAAAAAC